CUGUUCUGAAGAUGUAUUGGCAAAAAGUUUUGACAGUGUUUCUGCACUUGGACUUUCUUCGAGUGGCAGUUGCUCAUUGUUUAGUACAUCAUAUUCCUCCCUGGAGCUUUACGUUACCUUGCAUGUCACCAAAUGAGACGUCUAUCAUACCAGUGCCUUCUGGAGCUGUAGAGACCAACUCCUGUUUGAAUGGGGGCUGUGGAAUGGCUGAUACCAACCCAGUGGUGGGGGUGACUGAACAGAGUUUUCUUUGCUGCCUUUGGAAUGAUAUAAACAUAAAUUGUUCUUUGUACAAACCAAGCAUGGAAACAAAGAGUUUUAUUUCUACAGAAAUAAGUGUCUUAGCUUCUCUUCACACAGAUUUGAGCUGGAACACUGAAUGUUGGACUAAAGGAGAUCUGGAACAGCUAGUCUGUAUCUUGAAAUUGUCUAAGUUGCAUGUGAAUGGCGAUUUGAAGGUUCAUCUUUUAUAUGCUCUAUCCAAUUUGUUAUUGGAGGACAUACCUACAAGUUCUCUAAAAGGCAAUUACAUGGUUAGUCACUGUACCAGCAAGGAACAUGACAAGUAUGAAUGUCACAUACCUUCAGUGAAACUCAGCUACACUUAUAUCUUAUGGUUAAAGAUCACAAAUGGUGCAACAACUCUUUGGUCACCUUUACUGUUGGUCACACCCAUAAAUAUUGUAAAGCCUGAGCCUCCUUUGAACCUGCAGCUAGAAAUGACAGACAAAUGGCAGGUAAAGAUCUGUUGGUCCAGCCCAGUACUUGCAUUGUAUGCCCUUCAGUAUGAAGUGAAAUUUUCUGUGAAUUCUACUCAAAAUACUUGGCAGGUGGUUAAGACUGUCUUAGAAAAUUCCCUGACUAUAGACGAUACGCUGCUUGGUUCUUCAUAUUUAGUUCAAGUACGGUGCAAGCGUCUUCAUGGUCUGGGAUUCUGGAGUGAGUGGAGCACACCAUACAGUUUAAACACAGAAGAAGUCAUGUACUUUCCUCGUAAGAUACUGACGAGUGUUGGUUCUAAUGUUUCAUUUCACUGCAUCUAUAUUAACAAAAAUCAGAUUGUUUUGUCCAAGAAGAUUGUUUGGUGGCUAAAUUUAGCAGAAGAAAUCCCAGAAAGUCAGUACACACUCGUGAAUGAUCACAUAAGCAAAGUUACGCUUUUCAACUUGAAUGCAACAAAACCUAGAGGAACGUUCUUCUAUAAUGCGUUGUACUGCUGUCAUCAAAGCAGGGAAUGUCAUCACAGAUAUGCUGAAUUAUAUGUAGUAGAUGUCAAUAUCAAUAUCACAUGUGAAACUGAUGGGUACUUAACUAAAAUGACUUGCAGAUGGUCCGCAAACACAAUCAUGUUGCUUAUGGGGAGUUCUUUGCAGCUAAGAUACUACAGGAGCAGUAUCUACUGUUCUGACUUUCAAAGUGAACCUCCAAAGUCGGAGAUAAAAGAGUGCCAUUUACAGGGGAAUCAUUCCUAUGAAUGCACAUUUCAGCCUAUCUUCCUCUUAUCAGGAUAUACCAUGUGGAUAGAGAUAAAACACCUGUUGGGAACACUUCAGUCCCCACCAACAUGUGUCAUUCCAGCAGAUGUAGUGAAGCCAUUUCCUCCCUCCAAUGUAAGAGCAGAAAUUACCAAGAAUGUUGGGCUGCUGAAUGUGAGCUGGACAAACCCAGCAUUUGCAACCAUUGAGCUUAAGUUUCAAAUUCAGUAUGCUGUGAAGAGGAAAGAAAUAACUUGGGAGACAUAUGAGGUUUCUAAAGCACAAACAAAAUCAGUCCUGAUAAAGGUACCAGAUCUUUGCGUUGUCUACAUUGUUCAGGUGCGUUGCAUAGGAGUCGAUGGAGUAGGUUACUGGAGUGAUUGGAGCAAAUCCGCUUUUACGGUGGUAAAAGAUGUCAAAGCUCCCCUGAAAGGUCCAGAAUUUUGGAGAAUUAUUACUGAAGAUCCCAUAAAGAAGCAGAAAAACAUAACUUUAUUUUGGAAGCCCUUGAUAAAGAAUUACUCAUUAUGCAGUGUGAGCAGAUAUAUGAUAGAGCACCGCACUUCAGAAAAUAUGACUUGGUCAGAAUAUGUAGACAGUGGCACUACGUACACGUUUCCAUGGACCGAUCAGGCACGCGCUGUUACAAUUCUAGCCAUCAACUCAGUUGGAGCAUCCUUAGUGAAUUUUUAUUUACCUCUGUCACAGCAAAUGAGCACAGUGAAUACGGUUCAAUCACUUGCAGCCUAUCCAGUAAACAGCAGUUGUGUAAUUUUGACAUGGACGCUUUCACCUCCAACUUACAUGAUAAAAUCUUUUGUUAUUGAAUGGAAAAACCUCAAUGAAGCAGAGGGAAUGAAAUGGAUGCAUCUUCCUCCAAAUAUUAGCAAAUGCUAUAUUUAUGAUCACUUUAUACUUAUUCAGAAGUACCAAUUCAGUCUGUACCCUAUCUUUCCUGAAGGAGUAGGCAAACCUAAAACAACAGAUCAAUUCAUCAAAGAUGAGGGUGAAAAACAGAACAAUGUGGGGCUCUAUAUGAUUCUACCAAUAGUUAUUUUAUCCUCGGUUUUAUUGCUUGGCAUGCUGCUGAUUUCGCACCAAAGAAUGAAGAAACUGUUUUGGGAGGAUGUUCCAAACCCCAAGAACUGUUCCUGGGCACAAGGAGUGAAUUUUCAGAAGCCUGAAACUUUUGAGCACCUUUUUAUCAAGCAUCCCGGAGCAGUGUCAUUUGGGCCUCUUCUACUGGAGCCAGAAAUAGUAUUGGAAGACAUCAGUGUUGCUAAAGCUCUGAAAAAUGAAGACAAGCAAGAUUUUUUAGCAGUCAAUUCAGUGUUCACAAAGAUUCAAGACUCAGAGCAUGACUCUGCUUGUUCUAGCAGCCAUUUCAAUAGUAACAGUUUAUCUGGGGAUUCUCAUGAUGGCCAAGUCAAGGAAGGAGAUACGAGGCAGUCCAACAUCAAAUAUGCUACAAUUAUGAGUAACUCCAAAUCAAAUGGGCUUUAUGAACAGCAAAAUAAUCUAAGUAGUUCUUUUGUUGGAUGCUUCCCAGGUGAAGAUUCCUUAGUUACUGCCCCUUUUUCUAGUAGUUCUUGGGAGGUGGGGAAUGAUGCAUUACUCAUAUUACCUGACCAACAUCCAUGCCAACCCAGCAAAACUCUCUCCCUUUCCCGUGUUUCUUCGGAGGGCUUUUCAGAACCUUCAAACCAGGAUGACGCCUUUCCUGAUGGAGACAGCCCUGAGCGGAGCCUUUAUUACUUGGGGUUAACAUCCAUCAAAAAAAAAGGAAAUGACAUUUUUUUAACAGAGAAUUCCAGAGUAAUGCCUAAACUGGACACACAUGAUGUAUUCAAAGACCUGGGUUUUCUUCAGGAUAGUUCUUCUAAUUUAAAUCCCUUUAUCAAAAAUAACUUUAAGUAUAAAACUUCUGUUAAAACUUUCAUACCGUACAUGCCACAGUUUCAGUCAACCUCAGUGAAACUGCAAGAGAUGACAGAGAACAAAACUUAAGUCAUAACACCAAGGGGUAGAUUUCUAGCAGAUUGAUAUUGUUAACAUUUUUUAAGUAUCAAUAACUUCCCCUCCACCUUCAGGAAUACACUUAAAAUUACUAGCUAUGGGUUGCUCACACUUUUAAAAUUGUGUGCCUAGUUCCACAAUUGAGUUCCCUAAAUCAUCAAGAGAAAAACCAUUUGUUGGCUUAAUUUUCACACCCAGACACCUACACCUAAUUAGGAUUUUAAUUUCCACAUUUGGUUGCAUUCACAGUAGCAUUUCAUGCCAAGUUGGCUGUUGCUGGUGCUUGCUGUUCCUGUUUUUCUGAGCACCCAAGUGAAGAAUUGGAUGUCCUGUUGCAGACAUUCAGAUACGAAGACUGGAUUGGUUCCUGUUGUAAGGCUAUCAGAAGUGGUAUUUGAUUUAAUUUGAUUUAACUUUAUUUAAAACAGUCUUUGUUACAGCUCUGUCCAUAGAUCAUAUCCUGGCCUAUGGCGCAUUUCUGGAUCAGGGUCCUUGGCAAACUUAAAACUCUCCUGAAUCAAAAGUGAUUGUGGGGAACGUGCAUGCCCACCAGACCUCCCUCCUUCAGGGAAACUAUUGCAGUGGUGGAACUGAAAGCUGCUGCUGAGGUGACAAUGCUUGCCUAACAUCCAGGGGUUAACGUUGCUGGUUAUCACUUAGCAUUCACAACAGAUGGUCCCAAAAUGGAACAGAUAAGCAGAGGGCUGGACAAGGCCUCAUCUGGCAGAGAAGCUCCCAAUCUCAACAGUGAUCAGAGAAAGGCAAAGCCCAACAAAAUAUUCUAAACAUGCUUAACGAGCUCUUUGGAGAAGGUAGUGUUUUUUUUAUCCCCUCCCAAUUUGCAUCAGCUGGAGCAACAUGAGAUGUACAGCUCUCGUUGCCCUGGGGCUGGAGUAGCCUAUGCAUCCCCAGCUGCAGUGGGAGAUGUGACCAGGAUGCAUAUACUCAGUGUGACCUACCUGUUCCCUUUUCCAGACAUAUGGAUUAGAUCCAUUCAUGCUGUGGAUUGGACCCAGUUCUACACCUGCAUGGUCUGUUUCAGAUCAGAGCUGUGCAAUACGGGGACAAAUUUUUGGGGAGUCAUGAAUGUGCCUUCUCCAUAUUCACAGACACCUGCUUGUGGCACGUGUGUACCUAUAUUGCAUACAGAGACCCAUGCAGAAGUUGUUCACCAUUUAAGAGCAAAAUGUUAAAAAUAUAUUAUACUAUGUGAACAACAUAGGAAGAGCAUGCCCUCAUCUCAGUCUGGAGUGCUGAGAGCUUCCUCUCCAGUUUAAAUGUGAUGUAACUUGAUAUAUAGAGAGCACUGAAUCCAUUAAUUGUAUUUUCUAGUGUUGGGCCAGGUAGUGUGCAAAACCCCAGCAUAUUCAUGAUGGGUGAUAAUGUAUAUAAGCCAGUUGUUUAGAUGGCAUCUGUAGUAAAGGGUGUAUGGGAGAAGGCAGGCAGUGCUGCAUCAUUAGUUGGUUUAAAACUUAAAAUACUUGUACUUAAUUUAAAUCAUGGAAAAGAAAAGGGUUACCAAUAUAACAUCUAGCAAUGCAAACUAUUAUAGGAAAACAUGUGUGUGCUAAAUAGUACAUCAGUGUACAAGUUUUUCCCCAAAUAGGAAAAGGUAUCAGUAGCUGAAGGUAUACAUUAAUGCAUUAAAAUACAGGGAGUCAUACUUUUGGGGUUCACAACAUCCCCAUUUGUAGUGUUCGUCCAUGUAAACAAAUGUAUCUGGAACUAAAAUGGGCACAUUUUGGAGACCCAUUUGGAAAUUAGGUUCUUCACCUUUUUUUGGUGAAGUUACCAGUAAAAAACUAUUUCAUGAGACCCCUUUAAAUAAAAAGGAAGGAAGCACAGUCUCACAUCACUGGAAAUGACUAGUAGCCUUAGCCCAGAUGUCAUUCCUGGCUGAGCUGGUUCCUCCAAGUAAGCUUGAGGAAGUCACUUCAUCUCCUGCCUCACUUCAGCCAGCAGACAGGCUGGCUAGGAUGUAGGAUAUCUGAGAAAACCAGGUGUAUCUCAGUUGGAUUUUUUUGAUAAACAGAUUGCAAAGCAAAAUAAAAAUCCAAGCUCAUUCUUCAACCAAAUACAUUUUUUCUACUCUAUCAUUAAUAAAUAUUUUUAUAUUCAGAAUGUUAUAAUUAACUAUUUUGAACUACUUCUAAAUAGUAUAUAUAAGAGCAUUAUGUUUACAUAUAUUGUUUCAAAACUUAAUCUAAACAAAAGCACCAUAAAUGAGUUUAAAAGCAAACCUUUGAGCUGUACAGAAACACGGUAUUUAAAUAUUAGCAUUAGGAAAUACUAGACUAUGAAAAGAAUUUGAGCAAAUGUAAACCUACAUUUUAAUUUUGAGACCUGCUUU